AAGUUCAGUUAGAGUUUAACAUCAUUAUGCAAUUUAUAAUUUGAAAGACUGAAUAUUUCGUUCUUAGAUAGUAGAAAAUUUGGGAUAUUAACGAACAGAGAAUGAGAAAACAGUUUAUAUUUAUUAAAAGAUUUAACAUUUGAUUAAACUAUGAUUCGUAUAUUCAGUUUGAGUAAGAAGCCAAUGUUAUUCCCUCCUCCUCCUCUGGAAGAUAUUGAUCUGGGGGUGAGAGUUGAAUUUUAUGUGAACGAGAAUAAUGUCAAAGAAAGAUUGCAGCUAUAUUUCUUUAAAAAUCAAAGUUCAAGUCUAAGAGUGAGAAUUUUUACAUUAGUUAUCAAAUUACUUCUAUGCUUACUGUAUGUGAUAAGAGUUAUUUUUGAUCGAGGCCCAAACCAUGCAGCGUGUUAUGGUUGCUUUCCUCAAAAUAUUACUAUGUAUCUGACACCAGAUGUUAAUUUUAAUGAAAAUGGACCAACCUCUCAUCAUAUUAAUUGGAAUGCAGUUCUAUGGGUAGACCGUCCUUUGACACUAUGGAUUAUCCAAAUGGUGCUAUCGAUCGUAUGUCUUACAGAAGCCUUACUUCUAGUUUACUUAGGUUAUAAGGGCAAUAUAUGGCACCAACUUCUAUCAUUCAAUUUCAUCUUAGAAAUAGUCAACAAUGUACCUUUUGUAGCCACAAUUUUCUGGUCACCUCUUCGAAACCUUUUUAUCCCGAGUUUUCUCAAUUGUUGGCUUGCCAAAUUUGCUUUAGAGCAUAUGUUUCAUGAUCUUCAUCGUGCCAUGCAGCGUUCUCAGUCAGCAUUAUCACAUCGUCUCAUGAUACUUUCAGCCACUCUGCUUUGCCUCAUUUUCACCAGUGUGUGUGGCUUCCAACAUUUCCAGAGAGCAGGAGCAGAGCAUGUCAAUCUUUUUGCGAGCUUGUAUUUUGUGGUCGUGACAUUCUCGACAGUGGGCUACGGCGACUACAAGCCUGACAACUGGCCAUCGCAGCUUUUCAUGGUGGUCAUGAUUUGCGUCGCCUUAAUUGUGCUUCCCACGCAGUUUGAACAGCUUGCGUACACUUGGAUGGAGAGACAGAAGUUAGGUUUCGCGUACAGCCGCCAUCGGGCACAGAAUGAAAGGCACGUAGUCGUCUGCAGUACGACGUUAAGGUCAGACACUGUAAUGGACUUCCUGAAUGAAUUUUAUGCACACCCUCUACUACAGGAUUAUUAUGUGGUGCUUUUAUCACCCUGUGAGCUGGAUGCAACUAUGAAAAUGAUCUUGCAAGUUCCAAUGUGGGCACAGAGAGUUAUUUACAUUCAAGGAUCAGCACUGAAAGACUUCGAUUUGGCAAGGGCAAGGAUGAAUGCAGCGGAAGCAUGCUUCAUACUUGCAGCCAGAAAUUAUGCAGAUCGCUCAGCAGCAGAUGAACAUACAAUUCUCAGGUCAUGGGCUGUGAGAGAUUUUGCGCCGAGUGUGCCUCAGUAUGUACAAAUUUUCCGUCCUGAAAACAAAGUGCAUGUUGCAUUUGCUGAACAUGUUGUUUGUGAAGAUGAGUUUAAAUAUGCUCUCUUAGCUAAUAAUUGCCUUUGUCCUGGAACUUCAACUUUAGUCACGCUUCUACUUCACACUUCUAGAGGACAGGAAGGUCAAGUUAAUUCUGAAGACUGGCAACGGCUGUACGGAAAGUGUUCUGGAAAUGAAAUCUAUCACAUCAGACUUGGCGACAGUCGUUUCUUUGGCGAGUAUGAAGGAAAGCCUUUCACUUUUGCAUCCUUUCAUUCUCACAGGAAGUAUGGUGUGGCUCUUGUUGGUGUGAAAACAGAAAUGAGUGGAACAUGGCCCGUUCUCUUGAAUCCUGGUCCAAAUUAUGUCCUAAAGCCUUCAGACAUCUGCUUUUACAUGAAUAUCACAAAAGAAGAGAAUAGCGCUUUUCUACCCGCAGAACAUGUUCUGAAAAGAGAAAGUCUAGUGGGACUGGCACCGGACCCGAACCCGGAUGCAAAUGCUGCCCAAGAAAAUGAAGCUGCCCUAAAAGCUGAACUGAAAGGGAAUGUUUUCCAAACUAGAAGAUUCGGCAGCCACCUUCAGGUACCCCUCUCUGAGUGCAUACCAGCAGCCAUAGGCAUCGGGGGUAUGAAAAAAAGCGGGAUCGUGCCUAUUGUCAACAGUUUUGCUCCACCGGGCAUCCACGUGACACACACUUCCUCUGAAGGCAUGGAAGAUGCCCUGGAAGCAGAACAAGAAAAAUAUUUAGACAUACCAUGGGUGACGCCAGCAGAGACCUGCGAGAUUGUUCGUGGUUUUCCUCCCGUCACACCAUACGUUGGGGUUAGCCCAACUUUCUGUUAUUUGCUCAAAGUUAAGAAAGAUCUAUGCUGCCUGCAAUUAUCACAGGUCUGUGAUCACUGCACGUUUCGCACAGCCAAGAACUACAACUGGCCAAAUCGCUGUAUUAUCCUUGCUGCUGACUAUGCCAGCAACGGAAUCUAUAACUUCAUUGUUCCACUCAGAGCUCAUUUUCACAGUCCGCAGACACUCAGACCCAUUGUUCUACUCCUAGAAAAGAAACCUCAUCCAGCGUUUCUCGAUGCCAUAUCCUGGUUUCCCUUAGUGUAUUGGAUGCAAGGAUCUAUUGAUGAUCUGGAUGACCUGUUACGUGCUGGAAUUACAUUGGCUGACAGCGUCGUCGUUGUAAAUAAAGAAUCUUCCAAUUCAGCCGAAGAAGACUACUUAGCUGAUUGCAACACCAUCGUAGCUGUGCAAACCAUGUUCAAAUUGUUUCCAAGUGUUCGUAUCAUCACAGAGCUGAGCCAGUCUUGUAACAUGAGAUUCAUGCAAUUCAGAGCGAGAGAUGCUUAUGCCUUGCAUCUUUCUAAAAUGGAAAAAAGAGAGAAGGAUAGGGGAUCUCAUAUAUCGUACAUGUUCCGUAUUCCUUUUGCGGCUGGGAGUGUCUUCAGUGCCAGCAUGCUAGAUACUUUGCUCUAUCAGGCUUUUGUGAAAGAUUAUAUGAUCACGUUCGUCCGAUUACUACUGGGUGUAGAUCAAGCUCCUGGCUCCGGAUUUUUAUCUUCUAUCCGAAUCACUAAAGAUGACCUUUGGAUCAAGACAUAUGGUCGAUUAUACCAAAAACUCUCUUCCACAACUUACGAAAUUCCUAUUGGAGUCUACAGGACUCAAAAAUCUACACUGGCAGAAACUACUUCAAUGUCACUCGAUCUGAUGGAUGACGAAGAUCAAAUCGCCAUUCGAACAGAUGUUGAAAGGCAAGAAAUUGGAAAUUUGGUGCGAAAUAGAAUGAAAGAUCUCUGUUUACCUACAGAAGACUACGACGAGUGUUCUGAGAAAAGAAACAGUUUAUCUUAUGUUAUGAUAAAUCCAAGCUGUGAUCUUCCAUUAGAAGAAGGCGAUGUUAUUUUCGUCAUUCGACCCAGUCCCAUCUGGAGUAAAAAAGUUUUCUUAACAAGAGGUUCCAUUCGAAUAAAAUCUCCCAACAAAAAGAAACGAGGCAGUAACAAGUCAACCCAAGAGGACAACCUUCCAGGUGCAGCCUCUGAAAACAGUGAUGGCAGCGAUGGCGACAAAGACGGAACUUUUGUCUGAUAAUAAGCCAAAUUGCCAUUCGAUGCUAUGUCAACAGGAUCCAAGCCGAUAGAACAACAAACCUGACUUAAAAGGCAAAAUUCCUUUCGUGGAAAAUGAAACAAAACGCUAACAAAGAGUUCCUUCAGGAAAAUAUUCCAUGAUAUUGUCGUAUAAUAUUGUAUAUGAACGCUGCUACAGCUGCUGUACCUCUAGGACCAAAAUGUUUCGAGAUCUGAUCAGACUUCCAAUUCGACACAGCUCAACUUUUAAAACAUAUUAUAUUGGAGAGAAACGAGAUAAGUAAUGCAAUGAAAGUAUUAUCACUUUUAUGAGUCUUAUCGUUUUUAUAUACAUUUGAUCACUGCACUCUUUUUCAAAACGUAAGAGUCCUUAUCACUUUAGCUGAGAUAAACUUAAAUAUUUCUUAAGGUAUGCAGAAUAAAAUUGACCUAAUUCAUAGGAAAAAUGGUACCUAAUUUAAUAAAAUUAAUUCAAACUAUUCCUUUCAACUUGAAGAAUUCAUCAAUUUUAGGGCCUCUUGAGAUAAAGUCUUAUUCCAUAAAUUCAAGCAUAGUUGCUUACAAUGAGGAUUUAUGGAAAUUAUUUUCUAACUUCAGUGAAACACGGAAAAAAAUUAAGAUGCAUGCAGAAAAUUUCGUAUCCAGCAACCACACUAACAAAUUCAUGACGGAUGGGAUAGGGGUGCUUUGUUCAACCAGUUCUAGAGCACUGCUAUGACUAUGUCCUGAAAUCAAACCAGCUGUUUAAUUUUUUAAUAAAUUUAGUCGCUCUCUGCAGAAAAUCUUCAUUUAAUUUAAAUGCAAACCUGAUAUGUUUUUUCUUAAAGGCAUUUUUUCCAUUAGUGCAAAAUAUGAAUCCGGCAGUUAAACGGUAAAAGAACGUAUUCCAUGAUUUGGAAUCAUUGUUGAAAGAUCUACUUGUAGGUAAGGAAUAUAAUAACAAGUAAGAACCAUGAUGAAAUUUAUGGUCGCAAAUAAAAUGCCCCAACAUGUUCAAAAAACCAGACACUUUAAUUUGUGAGAUAGGUUACAAAUAAUAAUUAUUUAUUACAUAUCAACGAGUUAACACGAUUUAGUUUAAAAUUAUGUACUGGUUGCAACGACCUUAUAAUCACAGUGAGGUUAAUGACGUAAUUAUUUGAAACGAUGAUGCAUUAACUGAUAAACCUAUAUGCGAAAGCAAUUUUGAAUAUGUCAUGUUGCACAUUUGCAUUGUGACCAUACAUUCCUAUAUGAUUCUUCCCUGGUAUCAUAUUUUUAAGCUACAUGUAGAUUUUUGAAGAAUUCUGAAGCACUAACAUAUGCACAAAAAAUGUUCUACUGCAUAUUCUAAAAGGAAAUAAGAAGCUAAUAUGAAAUAUCUAAAUAAUAUUCGUCAAAUAUUAGCAACUUUUUUUUAUUGUUAUAACACUAUUCUGACUUAUCGGAACAGAACUACGACCCUUAUAAUAAGAUGAAUUCUUCAGGAUGAAUUCUUCAGGGAAAUACUAUUUCAAAAACCCUAUACCUUUUUUUAGAAUUUUCGUAACACAAUUUUGAAAAUAUAAAGUAAUAAAUCACAUUAACAUGACGCAUAUUACCAACAAUUCUCCUUUUACCUGCCAAAGUAUAUCUAAACUUUUGCAAAUCUCAAGCAAAUAGAAUAGAACUAUCAACCUACAAAUUUUUCUCGCGUUCUGCGAAACUCUAAGUAGGUAUCAAUCAUAGAAUCCAUCACAAUUAAACCUUGCUGCACAUAUAACGAAGGAUUUGAAUUUCAUUUAUAUUUCAAACAAAAAUGAUUUUUAUUGUAACUUAUUUCUCAUAUUUUUUAAAAAGUUAUAGUAUCGAUCUAAACAUAUCCAACUGUAAAAACUGCUUUUAGAAUAACGUCUAAAUUUCUGUUUAAAUACGAUUAAUUAAAAAAAAAUAUGUUAAAUGUUUAAUUAAAAAUAUAUCCGGAAAACGACUAAAAAGUAAAAUUAUUUUCCUCUCAUAAAUA